AUGCCUCGAAACUCAGGCAACACAAUGAACAUUGAGUUACAGGACAACUACGGUGGCUAUAGCGUUACGCUACAACAACUCGAUGAGUUGCUUGAGAGUCGAGAUGUCCUGGCUCUCAGAGAAUUUGGUAAUGGUGAGGGGUUGGCAAAAGCAUUAAAAACCGAUUUGAGAAAUGGUAUUCAUCACGGAGAGGAAGCAGAUAGACAGUCUCACUUUGGAAAGAACGAAUACCCAAAGAAGCCUCUUGUUCCUCUUUGGAAGUUGUUCUUGGAGGCUUUGAAAGAACCUCUCCUCAUCAUUUUGAUGGUAUUGGCUGUUAUUUCAAUUGUUUUGGGAGUGGCCUUCCCUGAAAGAGAAGAGGAUAGAAAAUUCGGAUGGAUCGAAGGAGCUGCUAUCAUUGUAGCUGUGUUGAUCGUUUCAUCAGUAGCAUCUAUCAACGAUUGGCAAAAGGAAAGAAAAUUCAGAGAAUUAUCCAAAGAAAGUGCCGAUAUCAAAAUUAAAGUCAUCCGUGAUGGUGAAUCUCAGACUGUACAAAUCGCCAGCAUUGUAGUCGGAGAUGUUGUUGAAAUUGAACAAGGAGAUCAAGUACCAGCGGACGGUGUCAUCAUUGAGUUCCACGAUUUGAAAACAGACGAAUCCGUAAUGACUGGUGAAACUGACCUAAUUAAAAAGAACGAUGAGACUCCAUUUCUUCUCUCGGGUACUGUAGUAGCUGAAGGAUAUGGUAGAAUGCUCGUGACAUGUGUAGGUGUGAACUCGGAAUGGGGAAAGACUUUGGCAAAGAUUACUGAAGAUGACGAUGAUGAUGACAAGACCCCUCUCGAAGCUAAAUUAGACAAAUUAGCAACACUCAUCGGUAAAUUCGGUGUUGGUUUUGCUGUUGCUACUUUCCUUGUCUUGUUGGCUGGAUGGUUAAUUAAGAAGAUUUACGAAACAAACGUUGGAAAAGACACUUGGUCAGCAGCUGAUAUUUCAACCAUGGUUGGUUUCAUUAUCAUUUCUGUGACCAUUGUCGUUGUUGCUGUUCCCGAAGGUUUACCUUUGGCUGUUACCAUUUCAUUGGCAUAUUCUGUCAAGAAGAUGAUGAAGGAUAACAACCUUGUUAGACACUUGGCUGCUUGUGAAACUAUGGGUGGUGCUACUAACAUUUGUUCCGACAAGACUGGUACAUUGACUUUGAACGAAAUGAGAGUUGUAAAGGCAGUCAUUGCUGGUGAUGAAUAUCUUGAUGGUUUACCAGACAAUACCGAUGGCAUGAAUGAAGAAGUUGUGCAAGUGCUUUCACAUGGUAUUUCUGUGAACUCAAAGGCAUCAUUGAACAAACCAAAAGCUGGUUCUUUGAAGGAAUAUGAAGUCAGUGGUAACAAGACUGAGGCUUCUCUCUUGAUCAUGUUGAAGGAUUUGGGUAUUGACUAUGUUCCAAUCAGAAAACACUACACUGAAAAUGACAAAAUUGAAAAACUCUAUACUUUCUCCUCUGCUAAAAAGAGAAUGGCUGUUAUUGUUAGAACAGAUACCGGAGCUCACAGAUUGUAUCUCAAGGGUGCUUCAGAAAUUGUUUUGGGAGUGUGCUCUCAACAAAUUUUGAAGAAUGGUUCAGUCGUUCCAUUGACUGAGCAACAAAAGAAAAAGUGGAUGGAAGACAUUGAAAGUAUGGCUUCUCAAGGUUUGAGAACUUUGACCUUGGCCUAUAAGGAUUUGCAAGGUACUGAAGAUUAUGAAAAUCAAGAAGCUGUUGAAUUUGGCUCCACUUUAAUCGCCAUUGUUGGUAUUAAGGAUCCACUUCGUGUUGAAGUUAUUGAUGCCGUCAAGCAAUGUAAAAAGUCUGGUAUUUUCGUAAGAAUGGUUACUGGUGACAAUAUUCUCACUGCUCAACAUAUUGCUCGUGAAUGCGGAAUUUUGUUUGGAGAUGGUAUUGCCAUUGAAGGACCAAACUUUAGAAAGAUGUCUGACGAUGAAAUCGAUGAAAUCUUACCAAGACUUCAAGUUAUGGCUAGAUCAUCACCUUCCGAUAAGCACAAGUUGGUUAGUAGAUUGAGAGCUCUCGGCGAAGUUGUUGCCGUCACGGGAGACGGUACUAACGAUGGUCCUGCUUUGAAAGAAGCUGACGUUGGUUUGAGUAUGGGUAUUGCUGGUACACAAAUUGCAAAGGAAGCAUCAGACAUUAUUAUUAUGGAUGACAACUUUAGCUCCAUUGUUAAGAGCGUUUUAUGGGGUAGAACCAUCUAUGAAAACAUUCGUAAAUUCUUGGUCUUCCAGCUGACAGUUAACGUCUGUGCAUUGCUCGUCACAGUUAUCACUGCUUUGACUUCCUUCAUCAUUGCUCCUCCAGCUGGUUCUCACUCCAAGCAUAUGGAUCCUCCAUUGACUGCUGUUCAACUUUUGUGGGUCAACUUGAUCAUGGACACGUUCGCUGCUUUGGCACUCGCCACCGAACCUCCAAUUCCAGAACUUUUGGACAGAAAGCCAUACGGUAGACACGACAGCUUAAUUACCAAGAACAUGUGGGUUCAUAUUAUUGGCCAGGGUCUUUAUCAAUUGGUUAUUUUGUUAGGUCUCUACUAUACUGGUUAUCAAUACUUGUGUGUUGGUGGAAAGUGUCUUGCUGAAGCCUUUGAAAGCUAUUCUGCCGCUGAGGUCAACAAUACUAUUGUCUUUAACAGCUUUGUUUUUUGCCAACUUUUCAACGAACUUAAUAGCAGAAAGAUUAAUAACGAGUGGAACAUUUUCCAAUCCAUCCACAAAUCAUGGAUGUUCAUUCUCAUUUUCUUCUUCACAGGAGGCAUGCAGGCUAUUAUUGUUCAAUUCUGUGGAAGAUUUACUAAUACUGUUCCAUUGAACUGGUACCAAUGGUUAAUCUGUAUUGCAUUGGGUGUUGUUUGCAUUCCAUUCAGUUAUCUGCUGAGAGUUGUUGGACGUCUUUUGACCAAAUUUUUGAAAUGGGAGAAUUAA